CAGCAGAAGGAGCAUCCUACAAGGUGAUCAGUUGGUAGUUUCAUUCCAGCCUCAGCAUCAUCCUCCUCCUCCUCCUCCUCCUCCUCCAUCCCAGAAGAGGAAAAAGCCGACAGCCGGUGUGUGUGUGUGUGUGUGUGUGUGUGUGUGUGCGCGCGCGCGCCUGUGUGUGUGGGUCUUAUUCUUUCUGCCCGCUACCAUGGUGGACAUUACGGAUGUCGUGAGCCUUCUCGUCCCGCUGGCGAUGCUCGCGGGGUCCAGCCUCCAGAGCGACGCGAGGAGCGCCAAGGACGCGGAGAAGUCGGGCAAUUUCAUGGAGGACGAGCAGUGGCUGUCCACCAUUUCACAGUACGGCCGCAAGCUCAAGCACUGGAACCGCUUCAGAGACGAGGUAGAGGAUGAUGACGCCCGUACCUGGGAUGAAAAUCAAGGUUCAAAUGACGAUGUAGACACCACCAAGGACCCCUGUCAAAAGGUUAAGUGCAGCCGGCACAAGGUGUGCAUUGCCCAAGGCUACCAAAGAGCCGUGUGCGUCAACCGCAAGAAACUUGAGCACAGGCUGAAGCAGCCGGCUCUCAGGUCUCCUGAGGGAAACUGUCAGCCCUGUCCCAUCUCCUCCACCGGGCCCGUGUGCGGAUCAGACGGACACAACUACGCCUCAAAGUGCAAGCUGGAGCAGCAGGCGUGUCUUACGGGGAAGGAGCUCAGCCUGAAGUGUUCGGGUCUGUGUCCUUGUCCAACCGCCACCCCCACGCCCAAAGAGGGUAGACAUGAGAGCUGUACCGGACAGGAUCUGGCCGAUCUGGGGGAGCGCCUGAGGGACUGGUUCCAGCUCCUGCAGAGCAAUGCCAAGCAAAACAACAACAGCAAGCCCGGGGCCAGAGCCCCUGCAGCCAGCACCACAUCAGUGCUGGACAGGAGCCUGGUGGCCAGCUGUAAGGACUCCGUAGGCUGGAUGUUUUCCAAGCUGGACACCAACAACGACCUGUACCUGGACCGGGCCGAGCUGGCCGCCAUCAACCUGGACAAGUACGAGAUCUGCAUCCGCCCCUUCUUCAACUCCUGCGACUCCUACAGGGACGGCAAGGUCUCCACGGCCGAGUGGUGCCUCUGCUUCUGGAGAGAGAAGCCAGCCUGCCUGGCAGAACUCGAGAGGAUCCAAGUACUAGACGGCGGCAACAGAAGGUUUGGUCGAUUUAUCCCUAGCUGCGACGAAGACGGCUACUACAGGAAGCAGCAGUGUGACAGGGGAGAGUGUUGGUGUGUGGACCAAAACGGAGGCGAGGUGGCCGGAUCUCGGAUUCGUGGCAAGCCAGACUGCGGUAAGUCCGAUGAUGAAAUGGCAUACUCGGGGGAUAUUGGCAGUGGCGUUGGAUGGGAAGAUGAGGAAGAGAAAGGAGUCGAGGAGACUGCAGAGGAGGCUGAAGAGGAAGAGGGAGAGGUAGAUGAUGGUGGCUAUAUCUGGUGAAGGGCCAACGUGAGCAUCUUGUUUGUUCCAGACACGACCACACAGACACGCACACACGCACACACACAUAGAUCGUGCAGAGAGAUGGACAUGGUGAAGCUGUCACACUCGGAACAACACCGGCUUAUGAAAAAGCGAGGGAGAGGGUUUUCGCGGGUCGGGAGAGGGUAGAUGCAUAUGUUAUGGGAGUAUUUAAUGUUACAGGAUGUUCUUAAAAUGAACAAGGGAGGGGGGAAAUAUCACUAUCAUGAAAUGAUGGGUGCGGAGUUGAGAAAUUAGUCCCUCAUACUUGUGAUUCUUUGUUCUCUUCUGUUGUAUGUCCUUUGAACUAUCAUUGAGUUUUUAGCUGAUGCAUUGAGGAGACUUUGAGCAGCUGCGGGGUGCUUGUCAUGUGGUUGCAUUCAAAAAAAAAAUGGAGAAGGAUCAGGUGCUUUUCCGUAGUCUAAAGUGGCCUCUGUCUUUUUGCGCAGAUUAACACAAUUUAGAUAACCAGUUUUGGUUUUAGGCAGGAAACCAGUGACGAUGAGAGGGAGACCACGUUAGAAAACUGAAAAGCUCCCUUUCCCUCUACACGUUUACAUGUCAUUGGCUUUGGCUCGUGUGUGACAGUAGUGCUCGGUCUCAUCCAUGACCUACUACAGAAAAGGUUCUCAUCACUCGCAUCACUCUUAAGCUUGUAUAUAAUGUGUGUAUCAGAAGGCAGGUCGUCACCUAUUAGUCCUGUUAUCAAUGCCCUUGAAAGACUAGCAGAAUAUACUGCUUAGCCGACAAGUGUACAUCGUAUCAUCAUGUGGAUCAAUUAUUGUGUUUAAUAAAAAUGAAAAGAUUCAAUUAAAUAAACUGGUCUUAUGUGGCUCAGCUGGCCACCAUA